CAGCCACCGCUGCUGAUCCUGUGGAUCGCUUGGCAUGGGGGCUCGUACGUAGUAUCAGUCAGUGGAUCAUCGUCAAGGCAAGUUCUAAGGCAGCACUAUGGUGGACGCUGCUGCACAGAUGAUGGGGUACUAUGGCUUUCAGAGCUAUGGAAUUCCUGGUUUCGGCUGGCAAUACGGGGGAUAAGGAUAGGACAGGACUCAGUUGCGUGGCCGAGACGAUACGAAAAUGGAGAUAUGUUCAAGCGAGAAGGAAGCGAUGAGCAGAUAAAACGAAGAUAAUUGUCUAUAGACUCGGUCGGGGGCUUCGGACAAAUAACAAGCUUUAUAUCCUUGGUGGACAUUGAGGCUGCUGAUGUGGAUGGACCAAAAUCCAGUCUUGGGAAUUACGUGGCAGAGUGGAGACCGCAGGGUUGAAUGUUUGUUUCACGCAAAGUCUCUCUCGGCAGCUACAACUACUCUAGCACUUGCACAAUGGCGUGGUGACUGAUUUGUGGAGCACCCAUAUGGGGAUUCUAUCGCCGGUGUUUGCAGCAGCAGUUUUGACACCGUCGAGGCCGUCCAGUAGCCAGCAGCAGGAUGUCUUGAGCUAUGAGGCCGGUCAGCGAUUGUACUUGGAUCCCAGGGCAGGGAAUGUGUCUGCCGCUCUUGCUCAGAAUUAUGUGAAGCCGACUGUUUCUCGAGCAGCUAGCCAGAGAAAUGAUGACGCCGAAGCUGAGGCAAGGGCCCUCGCACGAGCUGUGAAUGCUCCGAAGUAUGAUCCGGCUGAGCUCUCUAGGCGCUAUGGAGGACAGCCACUCCAGGUGACUAGAAGGACGCUGAAUAUACUGCUCGAGCUUGGCUCGUUUGCAGCCGAUUUGUACUUGGACAAGCAAAGAGGCGAGCUAGAGCGGAACAAACGAGUCCGUGCAAUUCAACUCAGGCAGAAGCUUACAAAGCUUGGUCCUACUUUUGUGAAGAUUGGCCAGGGGUUAUCAACCCGUCCAGAUUUGUGUCCGCCCGAGUACCUUGAAGAGCUUGCUGAGCUUCAGGAUGCUUUGCCAACUUUUCCCGAUGCCGAGGCAUUUUCAUGGAUUGAAAGUGAACUCGGGGCAAGGCUUGAAGACGUUUACUCUUCUAUAACUCCGUCUCCGGUAGCAGCUGCUAGUUUAGGACAGGUUUACAAAGCGGUUUUGCGAUCUACUGGAGAAGUUGUUGCUGUGAAGGUACAGCGGCCAGGUAUAGCUCAAGCCAUUGGCCUCGAUUUUUUUCUUCUCAGGAACGUAUGCCAACUCAUUGAUAAGUAUGUGGAUGUUGUUACUACUAAUGUCGUUGCUCUGCUGGAUGAAUUUGCUAGCCGAGUAUAUCAAGAGCUUAAUUACGUUCAGGAAGGCUUUAAUGCGAAGAAGUUUAUGGAGUUAUAUGGAGACAGGGUAGACGUCAAAGUACCCAGUAUUUGCUGGGAUUACACAAGCGUGAAGGUCUUGACUAUGGAAUGGAUUGAUGGCACCAAGCUUAGCGAACAGAAGGUUAUCGAAAGCCAGGGACUCAACGUUUUGAAGAUGGUGGACAUCGGCAUUCAGUGCAGCCUUCGUCAGCUUCUGGAGUAUGGUUACUUCCAUGCGGAUCCUCAUCCCGGGAAUUUACUCGCAACUCCAGAAGGGAAGCUGGCUUUUAUAGAUUUCGGGAUGAUGAGUGACACUCCGCCUCAAGCAAGGUUCGCAAUCAUCGGGCAUGUUGUCCAUAUGGUAAAUCGGGACUACGAGGCUAUGGCUCGGGAUUACUACGCACUUGACUUUCUAUCCCCGGACGUGGAUGUCUCUCCAAUAGUUCCCGCGUUGAAGUCUUUCUUCGAUGAUGUUCUGGACGCCACCGUAAGCGAACUCAACUUCAAGACAAUUGUGGACGGACUUGGAGCUGUUCUUUACCAGUAUCCUUUUGAUGUUCCACCAUACUAUGCUUUGAUCUUGAGGUCCUUGACGGUGCUCGAAGGCUUGGCCCUGUAUACCGAUCCAAAUUUUAAAGUUCUCGCGGCUGCUUAUCCAUACUUCGCAAAGAGGCUGCUCACGGAUCCAAAUCCUUACUUGCGUGAUGCUCUGGUUGAGCUCCUUUUCAAAGAUGGUAGCUUCAGGUGGCAGAGGUUAGAAAAUCUACUAGUCCAGGGACGGAAGUCGUCCGAUUUUGUAGCAAAAGAUGCGUUACAGCCCGUUUUGCAGCUCAUGCUCGGAGAGGAAGGAGCUGAGCUCCGCCGCCUCGUCGAGAAAGAAGCAGUACGAGUCCUGGAGGCGCUCGUCAUCGGUAGCACGGUAGAAGGUUACAAGUCCUUGCCGGAGCCCCUCAAGUUCAUAGUCAACAGGGGCAACAACGGGCGCGUGAUCGCUCUCAAAGAACACGAAGAGGCCCAGAUGCUCAAGCUUCGCCAGCAGGUGCUUCGGGUGUGGGGUCUCCUUCGAACAUCCUCGGGUUUUGAUCCAGCAAUGCUUCAACCGGUUGUCGAGAUUCUCAGGCUCCCGGAAGCACAGUCUAUGGGUGCCCACGUUGCGACAGGCUUGACUAAACGUCUCGCUGCGCGACUGUUGCAGCAACUUCUCAAGCCAGCGACACCAUUGCCAGCUUAAGCACCUUGUAAAAAAUUGUUCGCUGUAAGCUCAGAAUUAUGGAUUAAUGUAUUAACUUGGUUUAUAAAGAUCCUUUACGAUUAA